AUGGUUGAUCCCGGCACAUUACUUGCCAAGAACCCCUACACACACGUCAACACUACACAAGCAAUCAUGAAUUCAUCAGUGCUCCUCACAGAACUUGUUGUAGUACGAGAAUGGUUUCAUGAAACUGCCCCACGAGUGCAACAUCCAGAAACCACCACGGGAUAUUGGAAGUUUAUGAAACAUAUAUUAUGCAGGCUCUAUGCACAGACUCAGGAAUCAAUCAUAGAGGGUCUAGUAAAAGAGCUGAAUCCUGAUGCCAUGAACAGGAAAUCUGAGAAAAUCCUAGCACAAGCGCUCUAUUCAUUUGUUCGCGCUGGCAGAUUGGAUGAGGCAGUCGAAUUAUGCAGAAAGCACAUCAAUCGUGGAGUGCUGCAAGUAUCUGCGGUUCCAUAUUUUUUCAGUAGCGAGUUAUUGCAAACGAGCAAUGGAAUGACGAUGGAAUCAACUUGUGACAUCAAGCCUAAGGAUGCCAAAGGAUGGCAGGGAAAUCCAUGUAGAAGAUUAACAUGCACAAGAGCAGCUCUGAAUAUGUGCUAUUCCAACCUCCUCGAUGCAGAGCACAUUCUCUAUGCAGCUCUUGCGCUCUGCUCGCAAACCUCAUGUCGACCAUGGGAAGACCAUUUAUGGGUGCAGAUAAAACAUGCCCUCACCACAUCUCAAGAGGAAAAUGCUGUUGAGGAAGAAGACUAUUUCCCAUGUGCUGACCGUCAGUCAGUCCCACCGCAUCCCACGUCUCAGCUGGCCAUCAUCCUCGAUUGGACGAGUUCAUUGCUAUUGCAGCUGGACGCAAGGAUGGAAACUUCGAUCCUGAAUUAUCAGAGCACCAUUCGUCCACCAUCAACCGCUCACCAUCGUGCUAAUUGCCGGAGAAAGGCUAAGAGCCGCAGCCAAAGCAAUACCCCUCCGGUCCUCUUAUGCUCCCAUCGAAUUCAUCAAGACGAACCACGUACUCCUUUGUCAGGCGAGAACAUGAGUCAGCCAGAGCUAGAGCUAGAAUUGGAUCUUGAAAGCCUAGGUUUAGAAGAUCAAGAAAUUCCACCUGACAAACUCACAAAACUGGAGAAGAUUGGAAGUGGGGGCUUCAAGGACGUAUUCAUUGGCAAGUUCAAGGGCAGAUGGGUCGCCACUGUGGAAUUUCGAGAUCAGCUCAAUUCAAUGGAUAUCAAAGAACUCAAACUUCUUGGUAGUUUUGAUCAUCCGAAUAUAGUUCGCUUCAUAAGUAUCCCGUCGAGUACGAAUGGUGGGAAGUGCAUGGAUAAGUAG